GAUGAUGAUGAAAUAUUGAUGAUGGAAAAGAGAAAAUGCUUGAAAUAUGUAAAAGCAAUUCCAGGAGCCUUUACUCCUACCAAAGGAUCUCCUAGAGCUGCAGGAUUUGAUUUAAGGAGUGUCUACAGUAUAACUGUACCUGCAAGGGAUAAGGCGCUCAUAAAUACAGGUCUGAAAUUUGAAUUGCCUUCAGGAUGCUAUGGAAGAAUAGCACCUAGAUCAGGAUUAGCUUCAAAAAACGGCAUCAAUGUUGGAGCUGGUGUUAUCGAUCAAGAUUAUAGGGGAAUUGUGAUGGUUCUACUCUUCAACCAUUCGAAUGAAGACUUUCAAGUAAACGUUGGAGAUCGUAUAGCUCAAUUAAUUUGUGAGCGUAUACACUAUCCUGAAUUGGUUGAGGAAAAAGAACUUACCCAUACAGAACGCAACACCAAUGGUUUUGGAUCAACAGGGCGAUAAUAAAAACCUAGCUCUAAGUGUUUUUUUUAUAUAACUUGCCUAUAAAUAUUAUUGUAAUGAAUAUAUUUAUUAAGUAUAUUAAGCCUAUUAAAAAAAAAUAGAAGCAUUUAUGCUAGAGAAAUUUCCUCAAAUCGUGGUAUAAAAUGUAAAGAUUAUAUUAUUUUACUUUAGUAUCCAUAAUAGUUAAGACAGAUAGAGAGCGUGAAAAAUUUUAUUAAUAAAAAAAUAAGAAUGGUAAAUACAGAUCUUCCGCAAGAAGUAUCAGACGAAAUUCGUAAAUGGCGAGAAUUUAAAAGAUGUCCUGCAUUCAAUUACGAGUGUGGUAGAUUGUUGUCAGCAUUUGACAAUCCUGGGAAAUUAACAGGUGCUGAUUUAAAAAGGCUUACCGACAAAUCUGAUGUACCUGAAUAUGUGAAAACUGCAGUAAAACGGGACAUUGAUGAUCGCCAUGCUGCACAUUUACGUAACAUACCUGGACAUUUUUAAUUUAUGAUUAUAAAUAGAUCAGUUUGUAAUAUUUAGCAUAUGUAAAAAAUAAAGUGUUUUAAAAGAUUUGUCUAUGUGUGUUUUUCUGUUAAUAUCUCCAGUCUAGACUAGGUUGGUUAAUACAACAUUUAGUUUUAAGCAAACCAUCUAAAAUUAGUACUCUUAUUGAUAACCUUUAACCUAUUAUGCAUCAUCACAUAAAAUAACAACGCAAUAUUUUUAUUGAUAAUCUUUGACCUUUUAAACGUUAUCACAUACAACAACAACAACAAGGCAUAAAAGUAAACAAUAUAAAAUUAGUACUCUUAUUGAUAACCUUUAACCUAUUAUGCAUCAUCACAUGCAAUAACAACGCAAUAUUCUUAUUGAUAACCUCUAACCUUUUAAACACACAGCAACAACAUGGCAUUUUCCUAAAUUUUAAGGAAAUUUCUCGUCUAUAGCACCCCAACCUAUGUAACUCUUAUAACAUGGCAUAUAUGCAAACUCCCUAAAUCUACUUAUUUAGAUCUGGCAAAGCAGCAUUUACACUACCCU